AAUUUUACCCCAAACUUGAAACUAGAUUCUUGGAUUCUUCUCUGAACUCUCUACUAACCCAAUAGAUGGCAUAUAGCUUUUUGUUUACAAAUAUCUUUUAUGACUGUUUACAACUGUUUUUGUUUUGUAUCAUGGUGUAAUCAGAUUCUGUUUCAUGCUAAUUGGAGUGAUUAAUAAAUUUGAUUAGUUUUCUUAUCUUUGAUACUCGUCUUUCUUCAUUCAAGUGGUCCAUCUUUUUGGUCUUCUUCUCAUUUUUCAUCUUCUUUUGUCUUACAAUUGCCAAAUUCCGAACCUGUAUAUUUACGGCAAGGGAUUGCUCUUGAAGGUUUGUUAUUCUUGUUUCUGAGCUAACCACAGCAUCUCUGCUACCUUCAGUUCGACGGUUUCUUGAGUUGGCACCAACAUCCACACGAUUACGAAAUUUUACACGAGUUUGUCACGCAUAAUACAAAGGACACAACCAUGAUGAGCCACCGGGAAACAGAGAAAUACACCAAAGGAUUCAUUGUGAAGUGUAUUAAUGUAAUUAUUGAAAGUCGUCUAGGAGAGUCCGUUUCAAGAAAAUGCAGCCCUACAAAAAACGACUGGUUUAACAUCGCCUUAAACGACAAUGAACAUGUUACAAAAGAAUGCUUGGAGACUCUUGAUGAUAUUCAUUUUGUUGAUCCAAAAUGUCCGGAGUCACAAAAGGUGGAUACAGGUUUCAACAUAGAUACGCAGUGGAGAAUUGUUUGUGAAAUUUCAUUACAAAAAAAUGGCGGUGAUAAGCUAUGCAGCCUCGAAUAUUGGAUGUUUGAGAAUAAUCCAUAUAAUGCGCAAGAAAAUACUUCGCCAGGUGCUUCUUCCCCAUCCAGUGCCAGUCCAAGUUCUCCUGGUGGAUCUCCAUUAAUGAAUUCUAGAAAUCCAAAUUCUUUUGCAAGUGUGCAUCAAAAAAUGGGUUUAAUGAUAAAAUCUUUAAUGAGUUUAACGCGUGGAUCUCCUUCAUUUAAAUUAAGCUGUGCUACUUCAACAGAUGAUUCCCUUGUAAUUUUCUACCGAGUUUGUCAAUGUGAUCCGGACUUUAAUAAUUUCUUGCGAUCAAUAAACCCGGACAUACCUGAGGUUCAUGCCCAAUUUACUCCUGAAAUACAUCUUGGAUCAAUCUGCACAAAUUACAAUACUAUCGAUAUAUCUUAUUCUCAACGGCUUAAUUUUGAAAACUGUACACAGCCACCUAUGCCGAGAGCUGAUGGUGACUCAGCUCUUUUCAAAGAAGAUCAUUUUGGAGCGGCAAGAAGACAAGAAAGUCCAGAUGAUAGGAAUAGUCCUUGUUUUGUUAACAAUGUUAGAAGAGAACCUCGAUUAGCCUUUGGUUCAGACUCUCCAACUGUAGUUACUAAUUUUCCAGAAUUUCCACCACUGCCUAAAAAUUUUCCGGGAAUUAGUGACGAUGAGGACGAUGAUAUAAAUGCUCUGAUUGAUGGUGAUAUCAACAAGAGAAAGUCCCAGAAUAACGAUGCCUCGACUAAAGAUCAAAAUUCUGAUACAUCAUAUUUACCUUCUUCCUCUGAAGAAAAAGAUAGAUGUGAAUCGUCUGAGGACGGAACAAAGCCGCCGAAUGUUUCCCAGCCAAUCGGGAUUCCCUCCGAUCGACGAAACCCCAAUUACCAUGAGCAUCGACAUGCUGAUAGUUCUCCACUUGGAUCAGCAGAAUCCUAUGUUUUUAUUGAUAACAAUAAGUCUCCUUUUGCCCCUGAUCAUGAUGACAUUUCGAUCUUUUUUAAUGGCCCAACACCAUCAUUCGUGGCAAAUCCAACCUCAAGGCUUGGUACAUUAAGCCAAAUCAAAGAGACUAUAGCAGCUGUUAAAAGUGAAAUGGAAGGCAUUGAUGAUUUUCUUGAAUCAUUGAACGUAAAAGCUGGAGAAGAUGACGAAGAAGAUUUGUUGAAAAGUUCCUCUUCAAGCUCACAACCUUUCUAAUCAAAAUGCAUAAAAAUACUUACAAUCUUCGUGAUUCGUAAAAAGUAAAGUAUUUUCAAACUGUGAUGAUAACGCGGAUUAUAGUGAUCAAAAGUUAUAUUGUACAUAGCAUACAUCGGGACUUUCCAUCUUCAUUGUCAUCAACGUCAUCCGUCAUGGUCUCUUCAAUGGUUUCUUGAGCUUCCUAUCAACCAAAUUUUACUAAUCCUGAUUUCAUUUCACCAUUUUAACGUUUUUAAAAAAAUUCAAUAAUUUUUGACUGUCAAUAGCUCAUAUUGUCCUGGCUCAAGAAACUUUCAUACUUGCAUGAUUUCUGCUGAUCUUUCACUUUCUUGCCUUUCCUUUGCCUUCUUUCAAAAGAAAGGUCAACUAUACGGUUAAUCGACAGAUAAUUGUUUUUUGUACACAAUUGAGACGAUAAAUGAUGCAAUCAAAAUCAUUUGAUUUAUCAUAUUACGUAAAAUUAAUUUGCUUUCACUUCAUCCUGACAAAUUCAAGUCAUUUUUUCAUCAGAAACAUUGCUUGUAACUUACCUAAAUACAUUUUUAUUUUUUUUCAUCUCAAACCACUGAAUUAUAUUUUAAUGCUAAUAAUA